CUGUCCGUUCAAGUCACUGCUCUGACAUGGCAGAUCUCGGUGCUUCUUUAGCGUUAGCAACUGGAAUUGUGCUUCUCAGCGAGGCGGCCAGAAGGACAGCUAAAGCAUUCGCAAAGGAGGAUUAUGCUCUUUACAUAAUAGAAGCUGUCUCUACAUUCCAGCUUUGCGCAUGUACUCAUGAGUUUAAACUUCUAGGCGAAACUGGCCGCCUUGAACCGCAGAUUGGACUGACUCUUACUUAUGUGAGCACUGUUGUCCACAUUUUAACUUUCCAUGGCGCGAGCUGCAACCCAUCUGGCACCCUUGAGGGUGUUUAUCGCAAAAGUUUUUCCGCGAGAACGGCCGCGAAGCUUAUUGCUUGUCAGUUCAUCAUUGCUUAUGUGGCGCGACAUGUUGCAGUGAAUAUCUGGGAGUUUGGUCUGUCCGAGAUGCACGUCAAACACAAGCUUUAUGGAUACAAAUGCUUUGAUCCAAUUAAUGCUUCUGUGCCCGCUGCCGCAGCUGUAGAACUGGCAUGUGCGUUUGUCCUGCAAGCAGCUAUCAUGCACGUUCACAGAUUUGCUGAAAAGCUUAGGGUCCAUGUCAUUGCCCUUGUCAUCACGGUUCUUGUAUAUGCAGCAGGUAGUAUUACCGGGGCUGUGUUCAACCCAGCGCUGGCAUUUUCCAUCCAGUUUCCCUGCGGCGGACGCAGUUUCCUGGAGUAUUGUUUUGUGUAUUGGCUGGGUCCAAUAUUAGGUGUGGCCAGUGCUGUGCUGUUCUUUGAAAGGGUCAUUCCACAUUUGUCAAAGAAGGAAACACAUCAGAACGGGUUGGCCUAUCAGAAUGGACUGGCCGAAGCCCCGCCCCCAGGCAAGAAAACCCAGUAGAGCAAGAUCUCAGCUCAGCCUCCACCUACGCUCUCAACAGAGCCAAGCUUUCAGUAUGUCUUAAGUGUGUGUGUGUGUGUGUGUGUGUGUGUGUGUGUGUGUG